AGUCGCUUACGCGGAAUCGAAAGCGUCUGGACGCGACGUGGACGAUCUCCUCCUACGUCUCCUUUACCUACCGGAUCUAGCGUAAUUGCGCUGGCUUCGGCUGUUGGCUCUGGCUACGUGUAUUUCCGCGAUGGCUCACUCUCCUCUUCCUUCCUUCUUUCCUUCUUUCCUUCCUUCCUACCUUCUCCGCUUCCUUCAAGAACGGACGCCGUCGAAGAAGCUACACCGCGCACCACAUACCACAUGCGUAAGACGAAUCCUGCCAACUGUUUAGGUCGAGAGAACGCGGACGGUGCGAAUUAUACCGCGAAUCUCUUUUUUUUUCUUCGUGUAUUCUCCUCUUGGUCAUAUCUCCUUUCCUCCGAGGGAAAACGCUUGGGAAGGCUUUCCGUGUGUGACGUCAACCGAAACGCGCGGACAUGCGCGGAACUACGUGGCCGGAUUCUGUAGAUAAACGUCAUGUCGGUAAAGUGGAACGCGCGUUGUUUUUAUGAUUUUAGCCGCAAGAGGGCGCUGCUGUUCUUACUUUUUUUCAACACUAAUGGCGGAUCUUGUUGCAUGUUUAUGUAUAAUUAUGUGAUUACAUAUCAUUAUUCUAUACGCGUAAGAAGACCGUGUCUCGUUUAAUUUAUUCAGAUCAAUUCAACGCAUCCGUGACGUGAGCGAUUACGCGUAAUAAAAGGACCAUGCCCCAUUUAAUUUAUUCAGCUUGUCCUCUUACCCGUAAGAACACGCAACUCGGUGAAUUCUGAUAGAUAAUUUCAACAUGAGCGUCAAGAAGAGGAGCAAUUCUUUAGCGGUGUUUAAACAACGCACUAAAAAUGACGAUAAUGCCGAACUGUCGACGAGUGUUAUUAUUCGAGCGAGAAAGACGGGACGGUUGAAUCUUUCCUCGAAAGGAUUGGCUACGGUACCUGACAGAGUAUGGACUAUAAAUGAAUUAACGGAAGAGGAAUUACGUGAUUUACACUUUGAACUUGAUUAUGAACAUAGAGAAGAGCGAUGGUGGGAACAAGAGCCAUUAAAAAUCUUAGAUUUAAGUUCCAACAGCUUAACUGUAAUCGAUGAUAAAAUACAAUUUCUAACAGAAUUGAGUAAUUUAAAUUUGCACAACAAUUUAUUGGAAGAACUACCAUGUGAAAUUGGAUCUCUACAUAAAUUAAAAGUUAUAAAUUUAUCAGAUAAUAAACUAGAAAAUUUACCUCCGCAAUUUUAUAUGUUGGAAGAAUUAUGUGAAUUGUACCUAAAGAAUAAUCACAUAAGUAUACUGGAAGCUGAGGUUGGAAAUCUAAUUAUGUUGACUUAUAUGGAUUUAUCAUAUAACAAUUUAAGUAAAUUACCGAUUGGAAUGGGAUAUUUGGUGCGAUUAGAAACAUUAAAUUUAAGUCACAAUAUGAUUGAAGAGUUACCACCUGAUAUGACAAGUAUGAGAUCAUUGAAAGUACUUGAUGUCAGCUUUAAUCAGUUGGAGAUAUUACCACCAUUAGGUGAAUUGCGAAAAGCAGAGGAAAUUAUGUUUCAGUCCAACAAUUUGAAGAAAUUUCCAGACAUAUCAGGUUGUUCAGCUUUAACAGUAUUGCAUUUGGAUGACAAUAACAUUCCUGAGAUUGAUUCAGAAUGCUUAGAAACAGCAGGACAUUUGAAAAAGCUUACAUUACAAAAUAAUAAAAUUGAAGUAAUACCUGAAGAAAUAAUCAAAUUAAUAAAUUUGGAAGUUUUUGAUUUGUCGCACAACAAUAUAUCUUUCAUUCCUUUUUGCAUCGGUAUAUUGCCCAAUCUAAAACAGUUUAUAAUUAAAGGGAAUAAUAUAAAAAAUGUAAGAGCAGAUAUAAUACGAUGUGGUACACCUCGAAUCUUGACGCAUAUACGUACAAUUACAGAUAAUACAAAUAUAAAUACCAGAGAAUUAUUGCAACCUAGUGCCAGCAUUAGCGUUUAUCCUGAUAAAUAUAUGAUGAAAAAUACAAAAUUGCUUAGCUUAGCUGGGCAAAAUCUUAUGGACUUACCAGAAGAAGUCUUACAAAAUGCAGCUGAAGCCUCCAUCACGACCAUUGAUUUAAGUAGAAACAAGCUAUCUGAGUUACCUGAUAAAAUGUCAGUAAUUACUACAGUGGUAGACCUAAAAUUAACUUCGAAUCAUUUAACACAUUUACCUGAAUGGAUUGGUGAAAAGUACAAAUAUUUGCAAGUUUUAGACAUAAGUAAAAAUUACUUGACAUCUUUACCAUCAAGCAUUAGUUGUUUGGAAUAUUUGAGGGAUAUUGAUCUUUCAUUCAACAGAUUAACUGACAUACCAGAAGCUAUUUAUGAUGUUGUAUCUUUGGAAAGUUUAAUUGCCAAUGACAACAUAAUUGCAACAAUAGACGUAUCAUCUUUAGAAAAAUUAAAAAGACUAGCAAUUUUAAAUCUGACAAAUAAUAACAUUGCUCAUGUACCACCUGAACUUGGUAAUUUAAAACAUCUAAGGAGUCUAUUAAUGUCUGGAAACUGUUUCAAGUAUCCGAGACAAGCAAUUUUAAUGAAAGACACAGAGGAAAUACUAAGCUAUUUACGCAAUUUAAUACCUCACUAAUGAAUAAGGAAUAAAAUAGUGUAUAAAAAAUUAAUUUAUUUACAAAUGUGUUUCACAGUGUUAUACU